UAUAUUUACCAGUUUGAUACCGCUAUUGGGCAACGUGUGUUGGCCAUAACCUGGUUAACAGUUUUUUGCUUACGGAUCACAUCUUAAACGCCCAAUUUAACCCAUUUACACAGACAUGGCUUCGCAGCACACUGUUCCUACAGUGAGCAGAGCCGGGGCAGUAACUGCAACGACCACACCAGCAGCUCGAGCCCAGAGUGUGGUUGCUGCUAGUCCCGUAACGUUCCGAGGGAAGAAACGGCCAACCAGUCCUGCAACCUCCCCAGCAACGCAGGCCAGUGGCAACAACAGCAAAAAAAGAAAAGCACCACAUGUUACAACUCCAGCACAAGCACAGAUUGUAGCAAUGGAGGCACAAUCCGAGGGGAAAGCACCGAGUGCGGUAGACGUGACUGUACCGACCACCACGGAGCCCGUUACCAUUCCCCUAACUUUUAAAGAUCCCAAUUUUACGCAUUCAGGGAUUGGCGGUGCAGCAGCAGGGAAAAAGAACCGAACAUGGAAAAAUCUAAAACAAAUCCUGGCUGUGGAACGGACGUUACCCUGGAAUAUGAAUGAUCCCAACUACUACAGCAUUGAUGCUCCUCCUUCCUUCAAACCAGCCAAGAAAUACUCAGACAUCUCUGGACUCCCUGCUAACUACACAGACCCUCAGACCAAGCUGCGGUUCACAUCCUCUGAGGAGUUCUCCUACAUCCGCCUGCUCCCUACUGACGUGGUCACUGGCUACCUGGCGCUCCGAAAGGCCACCUGCGUUGUGCCCUGACAACUCUCGCUACGACCUGAUCUGGGACCAGCUCAUCCACCUCCAAUCCAAAGGCCUGGCACUUCAUCAGUGCUCAAGGACCGUUUCUCGUUGUGAUGGUAUUCUGAGAAGAGGGAGACGUAGAUAAACUGUGUUUGACAGCAUGGACUCAUGGAGUGCCUUUGUCAAUACAAAGAGCCUUCCAGGCAUCAUAGUAAGACUUGUACAUUCCCCAUCUGACGCAUGAGAGCCUUCCAGGCAUCAUAGUAAGACUUGUACAUUCCCCAUCUGACG